GGGGGGCGCCCGAAGAUGGCGGCGGCUCCGGUGCCCGCGGCCCCUCCGGCCCCCGCUCCCGCCGCCGCUCCCGCAGCAUCCCCGGGGCCGCGCGGCCGCUUCUCCCUGCUCGCCAUCGUGGGCGGCGGCUGCCACCGGCCCGGCCUCAGGGCCGCCGCGCUGCAGCAGCUGGAGCGAGGGAUCCGCUCGUGGGACAUCGACCUCACCUCCUGCAACCUGGACGAGCAGCUGAAGCUCUUCGUGUCCCGGCACUCGGCCACGUUCUCCAGCAUCGUGAGAGGUCAGAGGACCCUCCACCACCGCGGGGAUGUUCUGGAGACCCUGGUGCUGCUCAACCCCUCCGACAAGUCGCUGUGCGACGAGCUGCGGAACCUCAUCACGGACGCGUCGCAGCACAAGCUGCUCGUGUUCGCGGGGCCCUGCGUGGAGGACACGGGGGAGCUGAUGCUGCAGACCGGCUGCUUCUCCCUCCGGGAUUUCAUCCAGAUCUUCACGGAUAAGGAGGUGGGGGAGAUCCUGAGCUCCGCGGACCCCUCGGCCAAGGCCAGGCUGACCAUCAGCUGCCCCGAUUUUGGGGAGUGGAGGGACUCGGGCCUGGAGCAUCACAACCUCCAGGACUUCAUCGAGCUGCGCUACAACCCGGGCUGCGUCCUGCCGGAGAUGGAGGGGCUGGAGGAGUUCAUGGAGUACCUGUCAGAGUCGCUGGAGCCCCAGUCCCCCUUCGACCUGCUGGAGCCCCCCACCAUGGUGGGGUUCCUGAAGCUCUCCAAGCCCUGCUGCUAUAUCUUCCCGGGCGGGAGAGGGGACUCUGCUUUCUUUGCCGUCAACGGCUUCAACGUCUUGGUCAACGGGGGCUCCAACCCCAAAUCCUCCUUCUGGAAGCUGGUCCGGCACCUGGACCGCAUCGACUCCAUCCUGGUGACGCACGCGGGCACGGACAGCCUGCCUGGCAUCAACAGCCUGCUCCAGAGGAAGCUGGCCGAGCUGGAGGAGGACCCAUCCCAGUCCCAGAGCUCCCAGGGCAACGGGGACUGGGCCAAGAACCUCAUCUCCCCGGAGCUGGGCGUCGUCUUCCUCAACGUCUCCGAGAAGCUGAAGGACAUCGAGGGCAACUCCCGGGUACUGAAGAGCUGCGACGAGGCCGCCCUGACCCUGCACUACCUGGAGAAGUUGGGCAUCCGCCCCAACCUGCUGGCCCGGGACAGUGGCCCCCGCGCCGAGCCCACCGUGCUCUUCCAGAAGAUGGGAGUGGGCCGGCUGGACAUGUACGUGCUGAACCCCGUGAAGGGCACCAAGGAGCUGGAGUUCCUCCUGCAGCAGUGGGCGGGGAACGGGUACCCCAAGGAGCAGGACCUGCCCCUGCAGUGCCUGACCUCCGUGUGCGUCCUGCUCGUCUGGCACCCCGUGAGCCGCUACGAGAAGAUCAUCCGGGUGCUCUUCCCCGGCUGCACCCCCCAGGCCCGCAUCCUGGAGGGGCUGGAGAAGGUGAAGCACCUGGAGUUCCUCAAGCACCCCGUGGUCACCAAGAACGAUCUGAAGGGGGUGUCGGCGUCCCCGCCGGAGAAGCAGCUGAAGCAGAGGAGGGCAGAGAGCAAGGAGAGCCUGAAGUCGGGUUCCAAGCUCAGCCUGGUGGAGGCUGGGGCACCGGUGCCCAAGGAGAAGACUCCAAAGGUGGAGAAGAAGGAGGUGAAGGCUGGGGCCAAGGAGAAGCCAAAAUCCAUGGGGGAGACGGCCAGAACGGGGUUGGAAGAGGAGAAAGCCAAGGAUGCUCGAGCCAAGGCAGACUCCACGUUGGAGAAGGCGAAGGGAGACGUGAAGGUGAAGCUGAACAAGGAGAAGGCGGCUCCCAAGAAGGAGCCAGUUGCCAAGAAAGAGGAGAAGAAGCUGCCAAAGAAGGACGAGGGGGCCGAGGGGAAAGGGGAGGCCAAGAAGGAGGUGAAGGUGGUGAAGAAGGAGGUGAAGGCUGAGACGCUGCGGAAGGACAUGAAGGAGAGCAAGGCAGAGGCCAAGGCUCCGGCCAAGAUUCCGGCACGGAAAACACCGGUCCCGGAGACCCGCAAACCCCUGGCCAAGGCCGGCAGCACCAAGAAGCCACCCCUCAAGAAGGAGCUGGAGAAACCCAAGGCUAAAACCCCGCGGGAGGCGGGUGCCAGGAAGGAUCCGGGGAUGUCGGAUGGCUCCAAGUCCUCCUCCCCCGAGGACAUGCUGCCGGAGGCCGAGCGGGAGCCGGGAUCCGGCGGGAGGAGGAGGAAGGAGGAAUCCACGGAUGAGGGCAUCGCCACGGCCGAGAGCGAGCUGGAGCCUUUAUCCCUGGAGAACGGGGGGGCCAGGCGGCCGGGGGACUCCUCCUGCCUGGAGAACGGCCUGGAGGACCCCGACAGCCUCCAGCGCCUCCGCUACCUGGAGAGCAGCCCCCUGAGGGCCGUGUGCCCCCCCUCGCCCAUGGCCAAGACCCCCAAGAGCGACCGCAGCGUCAACUUCGACCUGACGCCCACCGGGCUGCUCAACCACGGCCCCGAGGGCGCCGAGGACCCCUGCGGCAGCUCCGAGGAGAAGACCCUGGAGAUGAUGUCCCCGGCCAGCUCGGGGCCGGCCAGCGCCGGGCACACGCCCUUCCACCAGUCCCCGGUGGACGACGGCGCGGAGGAGCCGGGCACCGGCACCGCCCGGCAGCCGAACACGUGGCCGGCGGGAGGGGGCAAAGCCGGGCAGGACGGCUCCGGGCAGGAGAAGCAGGCGGGGUGUCUGUCCCUCAGCCCCUUCAAGGAUGAAGUCCCCGACGUGUCCCCCACCAUCACCACGCCCUCGCUGCCGGCCGAGGUGGGCUCCCCGCACUCCACCGAGGUGGACGAGUCGCUCUCGGUCUCCUUCGAGCAGGUGCUGCCGCCGGUCAGCGAGUCCCCCCCGGAGGAGGGCCGGGGCUCCCGGGGCACCGGGGACACGCCGGAGCCGGAGCCUGCCAAAGGGGGGCUGUCGCUGCCGCUGCGGCCCUGCCACCACCCGCCCUGGGCCGACGGGGACGUGGCACCACGGCCCGGCCGCCGCUCCGAGUCCCCCCACGACGUGGACCUGUGCCUGGUGUCGCCCUGCGAGUUCGAGCACCCCAAGUCCGAGCGGUCGCCCUCGGCCGCCACCAGCCCCCGGGAGCUGUCGGACAGUGACCCGUCACAGGAGCUGGUGCCACCCCGGGGCCACCCCGGGGAGACCCCCCCCACCUCCGUCAGCGAGUCGCUGCCCACCCUCUCCGACUCCGACGUCCCCCCGGCCACCGAGGACUGUCCCUCCCUCCUGGCCGACGGGCUGGAGUCGGACGAGGACUCGGAGCGGCCGCCCCGCGCCGUGGCCAGAGCCUGCGACCCUCUGCCGGCCCCCCUGAAGGACCCCUGCCCCAUCCCUGCCCAGCCCGGGAUCUGCAUGGUGGACCCCGAGGCGCUGCCCCCCGGCAGGAAGGAGCCCCCCGGCAAAGUGAAGAGGAUCCCGUCCCGCGUGGGCUCCGCUCCCGCCACCCCGAAGGCCGAGCCCCCCCGACACCCCUCCUCGGCCCCCAAGGCCAGGGGUCCCGCCAGCUCAGCCCGGGACAGCGGGGACAAGGCCAGGCUGCCCCCCGGGGACAAGAAGGGUCCCUCCCUCGGGGACCCCCGUACCCCUGGGACCACCCGGAGCGCUGGAGCCCGGCCGGGAGCGGGCCGGGCGUCACCCGCAGGCACACGGACCACAGCCCCCCAGGGCCCCCCCAUCUACGUGGACCUGGCGUACCUGCCCGGCUCCUGGAGCGCCCGCACCGUGGACGAGGAGUUCUUCCGGCGCGUCCGCUCCCUCUGCUACGUGGUCAGCGGGGACGACCACCUGAAGGAGGGGGUCCUGCGGCCCCUCCUCGACGCCCUUCUCAGCGGCAAACACCAGUGGGGCAUCGACAUCCAGGUGACCUUGAUCCCCACCUUCGACUCGCUGGUGAUGCACGAGUGGUACCAGGAGACCCACGACCGGCAGCAGGAGCUGGGCAUCACGGUGCUGGGCAGCAACAGCACCGUGGCCAUGCAGGAUGAGACCUUCCCUGCCUGCAAGGUGGAGUUCUGAGGGGGGGGGGGGGACACAG